AUGGAAUGGUCCCAACCACAAAUGCAAGGUGAUUUGGUGACUCCCAGGGCAGGUCAUUCCGGUAUUGCAGUUGAAGGAAAUUGGUUUAUAGUUGGUGGUGGAGAUAAUAAAAGUGGUGCGCUGGAAACCAUCAGUAUAAAUAUGUCUAAACUUGUUGUGUCUAUACUGACUAGUGUAAAAGAAAGAGACCCACUAGCUAGUGAGGGAAUUAGCAUUUCUUCAGCAUCACUAGGUGGUGAUACGUUUUUGAUAACUUUCGGUGGCUACAACGGGAAGUAUUUCAACGAGGUUUUUGUUAUGAGGGUCAAACCAAGGGAUUCACUAAGUCCUAAGCUAUUGCAAUCACCAGCGGCUGCUGCUGCUGCUGCUUCAGUUACAGCUGCAUAUGCAUUGGUAAAAUCUGAGCCAUUGGAUAUGACUGAAAAUGAUGAUCCAAAUUCUAAAGUAAUCGCCAUAGAUACCACUCAGCAGAAUCUUUCUGUACAAAUCAAUUCAAUGAGAGAAGGCAAGAAGGCCUUGGAGUUGUCACUUACCGAGAUAAAGACUGAGAACUCUGCCAUCAAGGUUAAGAUUGAAGAAGUUAAUGGAAAUUAUGCUGAGCUGUCCAAGGAACUUCAUUCAGUGCAAGGACAACUGGUUGCUGAGAGAUCAAGAUGCGCCAAAUUAGAGGCACAAAUAGGGGAGCUACAAAAAAUGCUUGAAUCACUGCCAUCAUUAGAAAGAGAGGUUGAGUCCCUUCGGUCUGAAAAAUCUGCAUUCGAACGUGAUUUGGAGCUUGCUGCAUCUGUCCAGACACAAAGGUCUGGUGGUGUUUGGAAAUGGGUUUCUGGUUGA